AUGCCUAAGGAUGGGGAUAUCUUGCAAGAAGCUACUCCAAUACAAUUUCCUACAUUGGCAAGGAAGACCAAGAAGCAAGUUGAGUUAGACCCCAAAAUGGUGGAGAUGUUCAAGAAAGUUGAGGUAAUCAUCCCUCUCUUUGAUGUUAUCUUCCAAGUGCCUAAAUAUGCAAAGUUUCUAAAGGACUUAUGUAUGCACAAGGAGAAAAUUUGUGAAUUAGAAACUAUACCAUUGGGGAGCUCAAUUUCUGCUUUAAUGGAUGGUGUACCGGAAAAGUGUGGUGACCCUGGCCCUUGCUUAGUAACUUGCAUCAUAGAUGGAGUCCAAUUUGUUGAUUGUCCUAAAGCUUUCAUCAUUGAAACGGUCGGCCGCCAGUUUGUUUUGGCGGACAAAAGCAUAAUCUUCGUGGUUGGUAUAGCGGAGGAUGUCCUAGUGAAUAUAAAGGGUUUGGUCUUUCCUAUUGAUUUCCAUAUUCUCAAGAUGCCCCCUAGUGACUCUGGUAGAACAUCAUCUAUUUUGCUUGGGAGGCCAUUCUUAAAGACCUCCCGGUUCAAAUUGGAUGCGUUUUCGGGCACUUAUUCGUUUGAGAUCAAUGGAAGAGAAGUGAGCUUUAAUCUUGAUGAAGCCAUGAGGCAUCCACCGGUGGAUCACUCUAUCUUCCGGUGUGAUUUGAUUGAUAAUGUUGUAGCCGAAGUCCAACAAGAUGGCUUUGAUGGAAAGAGUAUGAAUCAAGACCCAAGUGUGGAGAGUUCCCAUGUAUGUGAAGAAGAUGCUUUAUCACCUCCGAUGAUACCGGAAGACAAAGUGCCAAGACAUGAACAAAAUUCAGAUUUGAAGCCACUCCCAACCCACCUAAAAUAUGCCUUUCUUGAGGAGAACCAAAAGUUCCCGGUAAUAAUUGCAAGGGAGCUCACCUCCCACCAAGAGGAGAAGUUGCUAAAUGUCUUGAGCAGGAAUAAGAAGGUCAUUGGGUAG